AUGCACGCCGCGUCCGCGCCCAACGGCACGCGCGCCAACGCCUGUGCCCAUGCGACGAAACGACGCGCGCGUACCCGCGUCGCCGCGUCGAGACAACGCGUGUUCGAGGAACAAAAUCUCGAGCUGACGGACCUCACCGCCCUCUCACCGCUCGACGGACGCUACGCCUCGAAGACGUCGUCGUUGCGCGGGUCGUUCAGCGAGUUCGCGUUGAUCCGCGCGAGAGUUCUCGUCGAGGUCCGAUGGCUCCAGCAGCUGGCGUCGAUCCCGGAGGUGGUGGAGGUCCCCACGCUGAGCGCGGACGCGAACGCGUACCUGGAGAAGUAUCUCGCGGAGUUUGACGUGAACGAGGCGGCCAAGGUGAAGACGGUCGAACGGACGACGAAUCACGACGUGAAAGCGGUCGAAUACGUGCUCAAGGAGGCGCUGUUGAAGCACCCGGAGCUGGCGAAGAUUAUGGAGUUCACGCACUUCGCGUGCACGAGCGAGGACAUCAACAACCUGAGUCACGCGAUCAUGUUGAGAGACGGCGUGGCGACGCUCAAGCCGGAGAUGACGAAGAUGGUGGACGCGAUCGCGACUAUGGGGACGGAGCACGCGUCGGUACCGAUGAUGAGCCGAACGCACGGGCAACCGGCGUCGCCGACGACGCUAGGGAAGGAGUUGGCGAACGUGGCGUAUCGCUUGGCGCGUCAGGUGAAACAGCUCGAUUCCAUUCCGUUGUACGGUAAGAUGGCGGGAGCCGUCGGUAACUACAACGCGCACAUGUCAGCGUACCCGAAUGUGGAUUGGCAAGCGGUGGCUGAGAAGUUCGUCACGGGACUUGGGCUUGAUUUCAACCCGUACGUGACGCAAAUCGAGCCGCACGACUACAUGGCGGAGCUUUUUGCGUGCAUCGAGCGCUUCAAUACCAUCACGCUCGACUUCGAUCGCGAUGUUUGGUCAUACAUCUCCAUCGGUUACUUCAAGCAGAAGACCAUCGCGGGAGAGGUCGGAUCGUCGACGAUGCCGCACAAGGUGAACCCGAUUGACUUUGAAAACUCUGAGGGUAAUGUUGGGCUCGCCAACGCGGUGUUUGCACACCUUGCCGCUAAGCUUCCUGUUUCUCGCUGGCAGCGAGACCUGACCGAUUCCACCGUCUUGCGUAACAUGGGCGUUGGGUUUGGUUACUCGAUCCUCGCUUACCAAUCCACUAUGCGCGGCAUCAGCAAGCUUGAGGUGAACGCGCAAGCCAUGGCUGACGACUUGGACUGCAACUGGGAAGUGCUCGCGGAACCGAUCCAAACCGUCAUGCGCCGAUACGCGGUGGAAAAGCCGUACGAAAAACUCAAGGAGCUAACGCGCGGUCGCCGCGUCGACGCUCAAGGUAUGCGCGAGUUCGUCAGCAAGCUUGACAUUCCGGACGAGGGCAAGAACAGUUUGCUGGCGCUCACGCCGGCGUCUUACAUCGGUAACGCCACGGAGCAAGCGAAGGACAUCCUCAGUAAGCUCAAGGAUUUGUAG